AGGCAAAGACCCUCGAUCUCAACAGUACGCAUGCGCCUUGCCUCCGCUUGCCGGCUCUUUCUCUGCAGCGUCUCCCUCUUAAGGCUCUCGGAUGAGUUUUCCGGAGGGAGGGGUGACUCCUGGAUGUAAUGGCGGCCAGUAACCCGGAAACGGCGCAGAAGCAAACAGAAGAAAUUGAAGCCUUGUCUGCUAUAUAUGGCGAUGAAUGGUGUGCUGUUGAUGAAGAUGAGAAAAUAUUUUGCAUUCGGGUCAGUGAAUGCCUGGAAGAGCCAAAGUGGACUCUCUGUCUACAGGUGAUCCUGCCACCUGAAUAUCCAACAGCUGCCCCACCUAUUUAUCAACUUAAUGCUCCUUGGCUUCAAAGACAGGAAUAUGCAGAACUGGCAAAUAAUCUUGAAGAUAUCUAUAUACAGAAUCUUGGUGAAAGCAUCCUUUAUUUGUGGGUGGAGAAGAUACGGGAAUUUCUAAUAGAAAAAUCGCAGUCCUCUGAUUCAGGGCCAGAUGUCAAAAAAAGUACUGAAGAAAAUGAUGUGGAGUAUGAAGAAUCUUCUUUGGAUUAUCAGCCUUACCAGGAAUGUACAGCUUUAACACUGAAUUUUGAUCUACCUGAAAGGCAAGAAGGUGAAGAGUUACCUCCAAUCUAUCACGGAAAACCAAUUACGGACAGAAGAAGCACUUUCCAGGCACAUUUGGCACCAGUAGUGUGCCCAAAGCAGGUGAAAAAUGUUCUUGCUGAGUUGUACAAGAAUAAGAAAAUAGCCAAUGCUACUCACAACAUUUAUGCAUACAGGAUAUAUUGUGAAGACAGGCAGACUUUCUUACAGGAUUGUGAAGAUGAUGGUGAGACAGCUGCUGGUAGUCGUCUUCUUCAUCUCAUGCAGAUCCUGGAUGUCCAUAAUGUUUUAGUUGUGGUGUCCCGGUGGUAUGGUGGUAUUCUGCUAGGACCAGAUCGUUUUAAACACAUUAACAAUUGUGCCAGGAAUAUACUUGUGGAGAAGAAUUAUGCUAAUUCAGCGGAAAAUUCAUCAAAGCAGACAGGGAAGAAUAAAAGGAUAAGAAAAGACAAGAAGAAAAUGGAACAUUGAUUCAAUUUGGGAAAUUGCACAGCCAUGUUUUAUCUUUUUCUCUUCGUGUAUGCAGCCACUCACUGAAAGGAACUUUUGAAAUUGUAAAUGUGUUAUCGCAAAGACAUUGACAUACUUUUCAGCAGCAAAAAAUGCUUCAGAUUAAGAAGAUUCAACAGCAGAAUCCUAUUCACUUUCUUCAGCUGCUGAGUAUGAGGUUUUAAACAACUGACUGUUCACAUAUACACGAUUAUUUAAUUUGCAUUUUAAAAGGAAUAAUUAAAUGAAGACAGAUAUAAUUUCACUAUAUUCUGGGAGUUUUUGAUAAUAAAAGGCAGUAAAAAUCCAUUGCACCAAGGAAGAAUCUUGAAUGUCCUUGAACUGAACCUUGAAAUUCUGUCUUGAUUGCCAUUUUGGUUUCUCGUUCUCUUAUCUGACGCUGAUCUUAAGCUACAUGCAGUUUUUCUCUAUUGAAAACAAUGGGAUCUAAAAGUGCUUAAUGCUGGUGAUGCAUGUUAAAAUCUAUUGUUUCCACAAAACACACAAAUAUGUCUUUUUGUGUUCUAGUUAAUCUAAUUCAAAGGCCACCCAGUUUGAAGCCAUUGUCAGUACAGGUAAAAUUCAGGGCCAGUAUUUGGGAUGUAAGAUUCCUGUUACCAAAAGAUAAGACUGGAGUUAAUUUUUUUUCAAAACUCUUUACCUUCAUUAUGUAAGUUAGUUGCUUUUCUAAUUUUAAAACAUUUAAAUCACGUUGAAUGUGAUUUUCCUGCUUCUUGGCAGGGGGUUGGACUGGAUGGCCCACGAGUUCUCUUCCAACUCUAUGAUUCUAUCUCUCUAUGUAAUAAAAAUCAUAACAGUAAAUAAAGAACAACACUCAAAAACAGGGCAGCUCCAGACAAGAAACUAUCAGGGAUAGCUAAUCACCUCUCAACUACAGAUUCCCCCAGGCAGUAAGAAGCUACACCUUGAAACUGCUAGGCCAUUAAAUGCUAAUCGAGGUGGCCAAUUGAAACAUUCAUACCUACCUCCAACAGACAAGAGUUCUUUCUCCCACCGUGGACACUUCACACAUAUAUAAACCCCAUUUUCCUAGUUUCCAACAAUCUCUGUGGAUGCCUGCCAUAGAUGCAGAUGAAACGUCAGGAGAGAAGGCUUCUGGAACAUGGCCAUGCAGCCCAAAAAACUUACAAAAACCCAGUGAUUCCGUCCAUGAAAGCCUUCUACAYACAAUAAAAUUCAACAAUAAAAUUAAACAAUAAAAUUUGUGGUGGRGGAUUUCUAAGGCAUCUCCAACUUCCAGAGAGCACUGUGACCCCCACCGAUGACCGAUCUUGACCAAACUUGGCACACACACACUCCAUGACCAACAGAAAAUACUGGAUUAGUUGUGGGGGGGGGGUUGACUUCAGAAUCUGGGACUUAUCGUUCACCCACAUCAAGAGAGCAUUCUGUGCCCAACCAGUGAUGGAGCUGGACCAAACCUGGCAUGCAUACUGGCAUGCCCAGCUUUGAAGACUGGUGGGGUUUAACCUUAGGGGUUGGGAAUUGUAGUUCACCCACAUCCAGAGAGUACUGAGAGCCUAAAUGACAACCGAUCCGGACAACAUGGCACGCACCCAACAUGCCCAACUGUAAUGAUAACAAAAAUGUAUAGUUUGAGUGAGAUUGUAUGAAAUGUACGAAUGCGGUUUAAUUGGGCUGAAGAUGCCAUUCUAAAGAAUGAGGCCUGGAGACCUGCAAGAAACAGGUGCAGAACUCAUGGACUGUAAUUAAAAAUUGCUAAUGAGACUUGAAACAAAUGAUUAACUGUUGACAUUGCUGACUUGAUGAACUCUUGGUGGAAAAACAACUUGUUUACAUUGCCAAAGUCAAUGGUUCUUUUAAGUAAGGAAGUCAACUCUGUGGCUCCUUACAGAAAUGUUUACAGGGCUCCUUGAUAAGGAAAGCCAAAUAAAAUCAACAUCUGUCCAAGAACUGAGGGAAUCUGUUAGUAAUUUACAACUUUCAGAACCACAUCAACAGAAAAUACUACAUAAAAGGACCCUUCUCUCUCAGAAAGAGUGUUAGACCAACUGAACCCCAUUUCUGAACAUCAUGAACAGCUGCCUCCUCUCAAGAAGCUGAUCAUCUUCAACAAGAAGAAUGGUAAGAAUGCUUGAUGAAUGAAUGAUGAAUGAAUGAUUGAAUGCUGGAGUAUAUGUGUAAAUGUUGAUGCAUUUUCCCCCUUUUUCUAUGCAACCAUAUAAUUAUUAUAAAACCCAGUACUGGAGUCUGUAUCUACUUCUUUCUCUUAAAGUGCCUAAUGCAACCUGUCUCUCUGAAAGCGGAAUAAAAGAACCUAUUUAAUGUUUUUAAAAGUA